GGACAGCAGUGAGGAGCUGAGGAAGGAGGUGUCUCAGAGGAGACAGGAGAUACACAGCCUGCUGGAGGACAUGGAGGCCAGACACAAACUGAUGACCAGGGAGCAGAGAGAACUGGACCACAAGAAGGACAGCAUAGUAAACAACCAGGCUGAGUUGGCCCAGCUUCUGUCUGUUCCUGGCCAGUUGGGGAAGGAGAUUGAGAGGAUCAACAGGAAAAAGAUGGAGGUUGAGAAAAGUAAGGCGGCCCUAGACGAGCAGCUGUCUGAGGUGGCGGCUCUGCAGAAGAGGACAGAGGCUCGCUGUCGCUCCCUGGAGGAGGAGAAGAGGGAGGUGAGGAGGCAGGUGGAGGGGCGCAGGGCACACCUGGAGGCUGCCGAGAGGGAACACAGCAUGCUGCAGAAAGAGCAGGAGAUGACCAAGGAGAAGGAGGUCAUUAUGAUGGGACAGAGAGGUAUGCUGGACAUCAAUACAGGCCACUGCAUCAUCGCAUGA